AUUACAGCAACACACAGUUCUUCAUCUGAUCAGCUUCACAAAUCAAAAUGCAUCACAAAACUCGCCUUUGUUUGUUUCUGACGGCACUGUUCCUCGCUUCUGCGGUCCUAAUUUCGGGCCAUGACUCACAGACCGACCCGCAGAGGGAGUUCGAGCGAUGCCGGAGGAAGUGCGACCGCCGCUCCCCGGAGGCCCGGCGGAUCUGCGAGGACCGCUGCGAGGAGCGGCGGCGGCGGCAGGAGGAGGUGGAGGCGCAGCCAGGGGGAGACGCCGGAGAACGUGAGGUGGAGGAUAAGCAGAACCCGUACGUGUAUGAGGAUCGACACUUCGGCACUGAUAUCCAGACCCGACACGGACGGGUUCGGGUCCUCCGGAAAUUCACGGAAGGGUCGGGUUGGAAGCUCCUCAGAGGCGUUGAGAAUUACAGAGUCGUGAUUGUGGAAGCAGAGCCGCGGACUUUCGUCGUGCCCAAUCAUUGGGACGCCGACGUCGUCAUCUUCGUCGCCAAUGGAAAGGGAAGUGCGAGUCUGGUGAGACAAAACAGGAGGGAGAGCUUCAACAUCAAAGAAGGCGACGUGUUCAGAAUCAGGGCCGGAACGACGACGUAUUUGGUCAACAGGGACAACAAUGAAAAGCUCGUCCUCGUAAAGCUUGCAAUACCCGUCUCCAUUCCAGGCCAUUUCCAGGCGUUCUUCGGCGCCGCCGGCGAAAAUCCUCAAUCCUUUUACAACGCAUUCAGCGACGAGAUUCUCGAAGCUACUUUCAACACGAGGAAGGAACGACUGGAUAAGCUUUUCGGGCAGCAGAAACAAGGAGCCUUCUUGAAGGCGACGGAGGAUCAAAUCCGGUCGAUGAGCCGCCACAAGGAGGGCGGAAUUUGGCCGUUCGGCGGCGAGUCGAAGGGCGCCGUCAACAUCUACGAGGAAGGUCCUAAACACGAUAACAAGUACGGACAGCUGUACGAGGUGGACUCCAGCGAAUACAAACCUCUGCGAGAUCUAAACGUCGCCGUUUCGCUGGCGAAUAUCACCCAGGGUGGAAUGUCGGCUAUGAACUAUAAUUCCAAGCUUACGAAGAUCAGCGUCGUGAUCGACGGCGAGGGCCACUUCGAAAUGGCGUGUCCUCAUGUAUCCAAGGAGAGCCGCCGUGAAUCGCAGCUCCCGAGCUACCAGCGCGUCGGCGCGCGGUUGAGGCGCGGCACGGUGGUGGUGGUUCCGGCGGGUCAUCCUUUCGUGGCGGUGGCUUCCAACAAUCGGAAUCUGCAGUUGCUUUGCUUUGAAGUUAACGCCGAGGACAAUGAGAGUCAUCUUCUUGCAGGAAAAAGGAAUGUGAUGAAGCAAUUGGAGGAGACGGCGAAGGAGCUGGCCUUCGGAGUCCCGGCUCAGGAAGUGGACGAGGUGUUUAACAACCAACAAGAGGAGUACUUCUUUCCGGGACCCCAGUGGCGUCAGCAGCGCCAGGACCUCCUUGCCGAUGCGUGAUGCGUGAUGCGAAUACGAAUCCGUAUCCGUAUAUUAUACUUAAUAAAAUCCCGAGGAGGAUAUGUACGAUGUACGGUCUGUCUGAGAUGUAAUUACGUAAGACGAUGGCAAGCACUGCUAACAUAAAUAAAACAGCUGAUUCCAAAAGAGCAA